CGAGCAUUUCGUGUGUGUCGAUACGUAAAAGAGUCCGUCCGCUGAAAGCGUUUCCUCGGGGAGGUUCUGUUUUUGUUGACAUUUUUUUUUUAUUUUUGUUGAGUGGAGUGUGAUCGAGUGGUGCCGCUGAAGGACGGAUUUUAUACUGUGUUUGUGAGCAUGUACGAAGAGGAGUACCUAUACCUCAGGAGUAGGGGCAUGGCUCCGGCUGCGCCCCUCGGUUUACAUCCAUACUUGGGCGGUGGACUGUCCGCUAAUCUGACCGACCACCUUGAGAGGUCCUACAGACUGGGAUUCCAUGGAGGAAUGGCUGGGGGGUCCGCCCUGGCCCACGGCUUCCCCGGUGAUUAUCUGAAGCCCCAUGGGCAGUGUGGCCUGCCAGCCCCUGGCCUGCCCGGAGGAAAACCCGAUCCCCGCAUCAAGGUUCGCUUAGAAAAUGAGACUCUCUGGAACCAGUUCGACAAGUUCGGCACCGAAAUGAUCAUCACCAAGCUUGGACGGCGGAUGUUCCCGACAGUGAAGAUGUCGGCCAGCGGGCUGGAACCCAACACCAAGUACUUCGUGCUGAUGGACAUCGUUCCAGCGGACGACUCCCGCUACAAGUUCCAGGGGAAGGAGUGGGUGGUGGCGGGCAAGGCGGAGCCCCACAUGCCCGGCCGACUGUACAUCCACCCGGAUUCCCCGGCGUCAGGAGCCCAGUGGAUGCGUCACCCGAUCAGCUUCCAGAAGCUGAAGCUGACCAACAACAACCUGGACCAGCAGGGCCACAUCAUCCUCAACUCGAUGCACAAGUACCAGCCCAGGAUCCACAUCGUGGCCGCCCCCGACCUCGUGUCCCUGCACUGGGCCGCCUUCAACACCUUCGCCUUCCCUCAGACCUGCUUCAUGGCCGUCACCGCCUACCAGAACGAGCGCAUCACGCAACUCAAAAUCGACAACAACCCCUUUGCCAAAGGCUUUCGCGAAAAUGGCCAGCUGCGGUCGAAAAAGCGGUCCGGAGGGGCGUCCCCGCCCGCCACCGACAUCACCUCUGCCCCUGAAAAGUCGACGGAGGCAGAAGAUGCCACCCUGGACAAGAGAGCGAGGCUUAACAGCGUGGACAGCGGCGACCUGGACGUCUCAGAUCUGGACGACCGACCGGCCUCUUCCAUGUCCGUCGAGAAGGAUCCUUCAGACGAGAAGGUGGACAUCGAGAGUCCUCCGACGCCGCCGCCGCCUUUCCUCCCACCUCCGCAGAUCAUCAAAUCUGAGGCUGAGGAAACCCCGACGUCAAUAGUCUCCCCUCUCAUGUCAGCCGCCUCCAUGAUGGCUGCUGCCGCGGCCUCUGCCGAGACAGCGAAGGAAAGGACCCCUCCUGCGCCCGUCGAACCCCAGAGGCCCCUUCACGAAGUAGGCAUGCUAUCCCCGGCCGCCCCGCGGCCUUGCUUACCUUCCCCGACGUAUUCCGCCGGUUUGCCCGGCGGGGUUCCUGCAGGGAUGGCCGCCAGCUCUCUGCCUUACCCGUACCUCUACUACAGUCACAUGAUGUCGCCCUACCUUCUGAGUCGGGCGCCGCAGCUGCACGCCACGCCCCUCGAAAAGGCAACCGCCGCCGCAGCCGCCGCUCGGGAGAUGUACACGUACCCUACCUACUUGAGGACGCCCACCGCCCAUCAUUCCUCGGUGCCCACGACGCCCUCGCGCCCGGCCCCGAUCCACCCUUACAGCUACGCACUUCCGCCACAGGUACCCGCUAACCUAUGAUGACCUGCGACCUUUCGAAUGCCUCCUUCCUUCGCUCACAGACCGCAGUCCAUUCAGUCAAUCAGCCAUUCCUCAUCCUAUUUUGAGUAGGUUCUGAUCAGCCAUUUCGUUCAUCAUCAUGGCCGCCACAACGGCCGACACAAUCCUCAGUACCUUCGCUUCUCAUACGCCAUCUAAAUGUGUUCAGACAUUCACUGUACAUGACUCAUUAUCCUCACCGUUUCACGCAUUUACAAUCAUCACUGCAUUAAUGGUGUCCUAUAGUGAUCGUUAUUAUAGAACGCGCGCGGCGGGGGAAGGCUUCUUUCCUACGGAGCCAUCCUCGGGCGCUUUGUCACUGUUAUUACUUUCAGUUUGUCAACAACCCUUUGCUUGCAAAUCAUGCAGCCCUAGCGAGUCCACGUUAGAGCUUACAUGAGCACGAUCUUCUGUAGUAGGUUCGAUCACGUGCCAAAGAUCUUUUCUUUCUUGCUUUCUUCUUCUUCCUCCUCUUCAUCUCCUUAUUCAUCUUCUUCUUUUCAUGAGAAUUUCACGGACUAUUUAUUUUUUUAUAUUUUCAUGGUGCUUGUUGUAAAUAACAUUAUUAAUUGUACAGUUGUUAUAUUAGAAGACGGGUAAAGUAGUAGGAGAGCGUGGUGUAUUCAAGGCCACCGCCGUUGUUAAUAAAACCUUUUUUUAAAA